GAGGUAUCAGCUGCCGGCAGGAGGGGAGCGACGAGGAGGAGCGGAAGAAGAGACAGCAGACCUACAUUGCAGGCGACCAUUCCUUCACUGCUGGUGUCCAUUCACAGAUAGCCACCUGCAGACACAAAAACGCUCCUUUGCCCCUGAUUUUAAAUUUUCUUUCCCCCAAGGCUGAAGGUGUCCAAUAUGUGUCGGAUCUAACAUCUCCGGAGACAUCGAGGAAUAUCAGACUCCACCGGUGGAUGUGGACAACUAAACUGUGGAAAUGGAAAAGAUAGUGAAUUUAUCCGUUUCAGUUCUGCUUGUUUUAUGGGGAUGCGCGCUUGGAGGCUCGCCCAGUGUUCAAAUUGGGGGACUCUUUCCAAGGGGCGCGGAUCAAGAGUACAGCGCAUUUCGGAUAGGAAUGGUUCAGUUUGGCACCUCGGAAUUCAGAUUGACGCCCCACAUCGACAAUCUGGAAGUGGCGAACAGUUUUGCUGUAACCAACUGCUUCUGUUCGCAGUUCUCAAGAGGAGUGUACGCCAUUUUCGGAUUCUACGACAAGAAGUCUGUCAACACUAUCACAUCGUUCUGCGGGACGCUCCAUGUCUCCUUCAUUACGCCCAGCUUCCCUCUGGAUGGCAAUCAGCAGUUCAUCAUCCAGAUGAGACCUGAUAUCAAGGGGCCCCUCCUCAGCCUUAUCGAGUACUACAAGUGGGACAAGUUUGCCUACCUGUACGACAGUGAUCGGGGCCUUACGACGCUGCAGGUUGUUCUGGACACAGCAGCAGAGAGGAAGUGGCAGGUGACAGCCAUCAACGUGGGGAACCUGAAAGACGAGAGGAAGGACGAGGCUUACCGCUCGCUGUUCCAAGAUCUGGAGAACAAGAAAGAGAGGAGAGUGAUCCUGGACUGUGAGCAGGACAAAGUCAAAGACAUCAUGGAGCAGGUCAUUACAAUUGGCAGACAUGUUAAAGGCUACCACUACAUUAUAGCCAAUCUGGGUUUCAUUGAUGGGGAUCUAUCCAAGAUUCAGUAUGGUGGUGCCAACGUGUCGGGCUUUCAGAUUGUCGAUUUCGACGAUCCUCUGGUGUCGAAGUUUGACCAGAGAUGGGAGGCCCUAGAAGAAAAAGAGUAUCCAGGUGCAGACAGUAAAAUAAGGUACACAUCAGCGUUGACUUAUGACGCCGUUCAGGUGAUGACGGAGGCUUUCCGCUACCUGCACAAACAACGCAUCGACUUCACCAGGAGGGCCAACAAUGGAGACUGUCUGGCCAACCCCGCCGUUCCCUGGGCUCAGGGAGUUGAGAUUGAGCGAGCACUCAAACAGGUGCGAGUGGAAGGCCUGACAGGAAACAUCCAGUUUGAUCAACACGGCAAACGAGUCAACUACUCAGUGAACAUAAUGGAGUUAAAGACAAACGGUCCUGUAAAGAUUGGAUACUGGAAUGAAGUUGACAAAAUGGCUGUUACCAAAUCUGAUGUCUUUGCAAACGACACAACGGGAAUGGAAAACAAAACAGUUAUUGUCACCACCAUCUUGGAAGCUCCGUAUGUAAUGCUGAAAAAGAACGCUGACCUUUUUGUAGACAAUGAGCGCUACGAGGGUUACUGUGUAGAUCUGGCUGCGGAGAUAGCGAAGCACUGUGGCUUCAAAUAUCAGCUGAAGAUCGUGGGGGAUGGGAAGUAUGGAGCCAGAGAUGCAGAGACCAAAAUCUGGAAUGGGAUGGUUGGAGAGUUAGUGUACGGGAAAGCAGACAUUGCAGUGGCUCCUCUGACCAUCACUUUAGUACGAGAGGAGGUGAUUGACUUCUCCAAACCAUUCAUGUCUCUGGGAAUCUCCAUCAUGAUAAAGAAGCCUCAGAAAUCCAAACCAGGAGUCUUCUCUUUCCUGGACCCGCUGGCCUACGAGAUCUGGAUGUGCAUCGUCUUUGCCUACAUUGGCGUCAGUGUAGUGCUGUUCCUCGUCAGCCGCUUCAGCCCGUAUGAGUGGCACACUGAAGAGUAUGAAGACGGGCAGAUCCAGACCAAUGAGUCGACUAACGAGUUUGGCAUAUUCAACAGCCUGUGGUUCUCCCUCGGAGCCUUCAUGCGCCAAGGCUGUGACAUCUCACCUAGAUCUCUGUCUGGGCGCAUUGUUGGUGGCGUUUGGUGGUUCUUUACUUUAAUCAUCAUCUCCUCCUACACGGCUAACCUGGCUGCUUUCCUGACUGUCGAGAGGAUGGUCUCUCCCAUUGAAAGUGCAGAGGACCUGGCAAAACAGACUGAGAUAGCCUAUGGGACUCUGGACUCUGGCUCGACCAAAGAGUUUUUCAGGCGCUCAAAAAUUGCCCUCUUUGACAAAAUGUGGACAUACAUGCGGAGUGCAGAGCCCUCUGUGUUUGUGAAAACCACAGCCGAGGGGGUUCUGAGGGUCCGCAAGUCCAAGGGGAAGUACGCCUACCUGCUGGAGUCCACCAUGAACGAGUAUAUCGAGCAGCGGAAACCCUGCGACACCAUGAAGGUGGGAGGCAACCUGGACUCCAAAGGCUACGGGAUCGCCACGCCGAAAGGAUCCUCAUUAAGAAAUGCGGUUAACCUCGCAGUACUAAAACUGAAUGAGCAAGGCCUGUUGGACAAAUUGAAAAACAAAUGGUGGUACGACAAAGGAGAGUGCGGCAGCGGGGGAGGUGAUUCCAAGGAGAAGACGAGCGCCCUCAGCCUGAGCAACGUGGCUGGGGUCUUCUACAUUCUGGUCGGAGGACUCGGUUUGGCCAUGCUGGUGGCCUUGAUUGAGUUCUGUUACAAGUCCCGAGCCGAGGCGAAACGAAUGAAGGUGGCAAAGAAUGCACAGAAUAUUAACCCAACUUCCUCGCAGAAUUCACAGAAUUUUGCAACUUAUAAGGAAGGUUACAACGUAUAUGGGAUCGAAAGUGUAAAAAUUUAGGGGGUAGGGAACGAGGUUUUCAUAAAUUCCCCCCAAAUGCACGCUUUUUUGGCUCCAUCCGUUCCAUCCUUCAGUGUUAGUGAAUGAAGAGGUUGGCCAAAGGAUCGUAUGUACUGGUGAUUUAUGAUUUAAUGAGAGAGAGAGAUAUCCCCCCUUUUUAAAGAUUAAAACUGUGUUUGUCCAUUUAAGUUUCCUUGCUAUUUUAAACCAUUUUCAUGUAUGACUGUUGAUGGCCAUGCUUGUUAAUACCU